AAAAAAAAAAAAAAAAAAAUCAUACAGUUAAACUGCAUUUUUAAAGUCCUACAGUGUAUUUAGAUAGGAAAUGAGGGAGUUUAACUAGGAGGCAUCGGAUUCAGGUUUGUCACCUUUUCAUCUUCAGAUUUCUCGAAAACGACAGCCUACAGCCUCUUUUGAAGUCAAUGAACAGUUUGUUUAAUUCUGCUGUUUUUUCUCUAUAAGUAUCCCUAACCACUUUAAUUUGCUUCACAGCCAGCUCUGCAAAUUACAAACCAGAAACCAAGAAAUGGGAACUCCUUCAUGGGUUGCCUAUGCCGCUGCCUGGGUUGCCAUCCUGGCUCUUGUCCUCUUCUCCCGCCGUCGUAAACUCAACCUGCCACCAGGCCCAAAACCUUGGCCCAUAAUCGGAAACCUCAACCUUAUAGGCUCACUCCCCCACCGUUCCAUCCACUCCCUCUCUCAAAAAUAUGGUCCCAUUAUGCAACUCAAAUUUGGUUCUUUCCCGGUGGUUGUAGGCUCCUCCGUUGAAAUGGCUAAAACUAUUCUUAAAACCCAUGACCUCACUUUCGUCGACCGACCAAAAACUGCUGCCGGAAAAUACACAACCUAUAAUUACAAAGACAUCACAUGGUCACCCUAUGGGUCCUAUUGGCGACAAGCACGUAAAAUAUGCGUUAUGGAGCUUUUCAGCGCAAAACGCCUAGAAUCAUACGAGUAUAUACGACGAGAAGAGCUAAGAUCGCUCGUUAAUACCCUUUUCUCGUCGAGUGGCAACACCAUAAACUUGAAAAAUCAUCUCUCAGAUCUCAGUCUGAACGUUAUAAGCCGAAUGGUGUUGGGGAAGAAGUACACCGUGAAGAAUGAAGGUGAGGACGAAAUUGUGACGCCGGAGGAGUUCAAAGAGAUGCUGGAUGAGCUUUUCUUGCUAAAUGGGGUGUUGGAUAUAGGGGAUUCGCUCCCUUGGCUUGCUUUCUUGGAUUUACAAGGGUAUAUAAGGAGAAUGAAGGCUGUAAACAAGAAAUUUAAUAGGUUUUUGGAGCAUGUUUUGGAUGAACACGAUGGGAGGAGAAAAGGGGUUGAGAACUAUGUGGCUAAGGAUAUGGUGGACGUUCUCUUGCAGCUCGCUGAGGACCCUAAUCUCGAGGUUAAGCUUGAAAGAAAUGGAGUCAAGGGAUUUACACAGGAUAUGGUCGCCGGAGGAACUGAGAGCUCAGCAGUGACAGUAGAGUGGGCAAUCUCCGAGCUCUUGAAGAAACCAGAAAUUUUCGACAAGGCAACAGAAGAACUAGACAGGGUGAUCGGAAGAGAAAGAUGGGUAGAAGAGAAAGACAUAGCUAAUUUACCAUUUAUUGAUGCAAUAGCUAAGGAGACAAUGCGUUUGCACCCAGUGGCACCCAUGUUGGUUCCUAGACUGUGUAGAGAAGAUACCCAAAUAGCUGGUUACGACAUUCAACAAGGUACUCGUAUGCUUGUCAACGUUUGGACAAUAGGGAGAGACCCUAGCAUUUGGGACAGCCCUAAUGAGUUCUUGCCUGAAAGGUUCCUUGGUAAAGAGAUUGAUGUUAAAGGACAUGACUUUGAGCUGUUGCCAUUUGGUGCUGGAAGGAGAAUGUGCCCUGGGUAUCCACUUGGGAUAAAGGUGAUUCAAGCAAGUUUGGCAAAUCUUUUACAUGGGUUUAAGUGGAAAUUGGCUGGAGAUAUGAAGAAACGGGAUUUGAAUAUGGAGGAAAUUUUUGGGCUUUCUACUCCUAGAAAAUUCCCACUUGUCGUUGUUCCUGAACCUCGCCUCCCAUCCCAUGUUUACUUUCUGUGAUUUUUGUUUGCUUUCAUCUUCUUCUUUUUUUUUUACCUGCUGUCAUGAGGGUGUUCAUCACUAAAUACAUGAAUUAUCCAAUAGUUCUCUAUCAUGUAUUAAAAAUUCCAAUC